CCGCCAUACAACGCCUUUUUGCUUGAAAUCACAGUACAACUCUCCCUUACUGCCCACAUCGGCUACCCACCACACCGCCCGCGACAGCGCUCUACCCACCGUCACAGCCAGCAUGUCCGUCGAUUUCGAGAGCGUUGCGAAGCAAUUCGUCGAGUACUACUACAAGACCUUCGACGCGAAUCGCUCAGGCCUUGCGCCCCUCUACAGAGAUGACUCGAUGCUGACCUUCGAGGCCGCGCCAACACAAGGAGCAGCCGGCAUCACCCAGAAGCUCGUGGACCUGCCAUUCCAGCAGGUUGAGCACCAAGUCGCAACUCUCGACGCACAACCUAGUAACCAGUCAGGUGGCAUCCUGGUCAUCGUGAGCGGCGCUCUACUGGUCGAGGCGGAGAAGAGACCUAUGAGCUACACCCAGACCUUCCAGCUGCUUCCAGACGGGGCCGGCAGCUACUAUAUCUUCAACGACAUCUUCCGCUUGGUCUACCCGGCAGCUUAGAUGCGCCGCGUCCUGUUGGAGUGAGGGACGCAAUGGAGUCAGUCGCGGAUAAGGAUAGGGCAAGGUGCAUAGGCUAGCACGUCCUUACGAAAUGGAGUGGAUUUGAGCUUCUAUUCUCAAGCUUGAUGCGAAAUGCAGUGCUUGACCACUCCUCGCUCGCUACGGCAGCAAUGCAUAUAUGUAUAGAAACUAUGCAGGGCUUGUGUGGUUACUGCUGUUCAAGAUGAAAGCUUCGUUUCUGCAGAGUAGAUUCACUGAUACCCUAACCACAAUGGUAGCAAGCCCAGCCUCACAUCGCUCCCCCGAGAACUGUUAAACCCGAUGCAUUAGACCUCACAUUUCUCUAUCAGGUACUGCCACAUGACUCCAGCCCAGCCACUAUCCUUCUCUUCGAAGGGCACAACUGGUAUUCCACCGCGCAUUCCCCUCGCCCUUUGAAACAAAUGCAACGGCAAUCAGGUCUUUCCUCCAGGCCUGUAUCCACAAAUCCCGACGACAAGUUGAGAGAGUAACACCUCCCGGUGACCACUCCAACCCGAAGCCUGACUAGGUAGGGACGACAAUCCGCUUUGGAUCCCCAAAUAUCAGAACUUUGUCGGCUUUCUACAUCUCUUCUGUCGAUAAGGUUGAGAUCUCGAUGUGGGCAAUGCGGAUAUUGCUGCAUCACUCGACCUUAUCUUGCGGAGAAGUCUUAUCCAGCGCUGCAAGGAAGUCUGGGGUACAGCUACGCCUUGGAAGUCUGAAUCGACGGGACUACUCCAUGCUGACGCGACGUAGCUGAAUGGAGACAGAGAGUUGUCCCGGUUUCGACCUCCAGCGAACACAUCGCGCAGUAUAUCUCCCCAGCUCUUGCGACAGUUUUUAGUCGUUCCUUCUUUCGACGUAGGGGAUCAGGGCGGAGUUUCGGUUAUUGAAUGUCCGCUGCGAAAUAACAUCUUGCAUGUCCCUGAGCCUAGACUUCCUCCCCUUGUUCCUGAAAUUGUGGCCUUGGAAGACUCACGUUCGAGCUAGUUCAUUC